GCGCCGCUGCCGCCCAAGUUCGCUCAGGGCCUUAGCAUUGCUGUCAUCCUGGUGGGAAACUCCAGUGAGGUGACGCUGGCGGAAGGCCUGGAGAAGGAGGACUUCCUGCAUGUGCCACUGCCACCUAAGGUGGACCUGGUCACCAUGAACGAGACUGACCCCAAGAGCAUCAUCAACCGUAUUUGCGCGCUCAUGUCCCGCAACUGGCUGCAGGGUGUAGUGUUCGGAGAUGACACCGACCAGGAGGCCAUCGCCCAGAUCCUGGACUUCAUCUCGGCCCAGACACACAUCCCCAUCCUGGGCAUCCGCGGGGGUUCCUCCAUGAUCAUGGCUGCCAAGGAUGACCACUCCAUGUUCUUCCAGUUCGGGCCGUCGAUAGAGCAGCAGGCCAGCGUCAUGCUCAACAUUAUGGAAGAGUACGACUGGUACAUCUUCUCUAUCGUCACCACUUACUACCCUGGAUACCAAGACUUUGUCAACAGGGUUCGGAGUACCAUAGAGAAUAGUUUUGUGGGCUGGGAGUUGGAGGAGGUGUUGCUGUUGGACAUGUCGGUGGAUGACGGCGACUCUAAGAUUCAAAACCAGAUGAAGAAGCUCCAGAGCCCUGUGAUACUGCUGUACUGCACUAAAGAAGAGGCCACCACCAUUUUCGAGGUGGCACAUUCCGUCGGCCUUACUGGAUACGGUUACACCUGGAUCGUACCAGCACUGGUGGCGGGGGAUGCAGACAACGUGCCACCUGUUUUUCCUACAGGUCUGAUCUCCGUGUCCUAUGAUGAGUGGGAUUAUGGGCUGGAGGCUCGUGUGCGUGAUGCCGUGGCCAUCAUCGCCAUGGCGACCUCCACCAUGAUGCUGGACCGAGGUCCACACACGCUGCUGAAGUCAGGUUGCCACGGUGCGCCCGACAAGAAAGGCACAAAGGGAGGAAACCCCAAUGAAGUGCUGAGAUACCUCAUGAACGUAACCUUCGAGGGGCGCAAUCUCUCUUUUAGCGAAGACGGCUACCAGAUGCACCCCAAGCUGGUUAUUAUUUUGCUGGAUAAGGAAAGGCAGUGGGACAGGGUGGGAAAGUGGGAGAACGGCUCGUUGUCUAUGAAGUACCAUGUGUGGCCACGCUUUGAGCUCUACUCGGAUGCUGAGGAGAGGGAGGACGACCACCUGUCUAUAGUGACUCUGGAGGAGGCCCCGUUCGUCAUUGUGGAGGACGUGGACCCCCUCAGCGGCACCUGCAUGAGGAACACGGUGCCCUGCAGGAAACAGCUCAAAGCCCAAAACCAAACAGGCGAUUCAGGGAUCUACAUCAAGCGCUGUUGCAAGGGCUUCUGCAUAGACAUCCUCAAAAAGAUCGCCAAGACCGUGAAGUUUACCUAUGACCUCUACCUGGUGACUAACGGCAAGCACGGCAAGAAGGUCAAUGGCACGUGGAACGGCAUGGUCGGAGAGGUGGUGGCUAAGAAUGCCCACAUGGCAGUGGGCUCUUUGACCAUCAAUGAGGAGAGGUCAGAGGUUAUUGACUUCUCUGUGCCCUUCAUAGAGACGGGUAUUAGUGUCAUGGUCUCCCGUAGCAACGGCACAGUGUCCCCCUCAGCAUUUCUAGAGCCCUUUAGUGCUGAUGUCUGGGUGAUGAUGUUCGUGAUGCUGCUGAUUGUGUCCGCCGUCGCUGUCUUUGUCUUCGAGUACUUCAGUCCUGUCGGCUAUAACCGCUGUCUCGCAGAUGGACGAGAGCCGGGUGGCCCCUCCUUCACCAUCGGUAAGGCCAUAUGGCUGCUUUGGGGUCUGGUCUUCAACAACUCUGUACCUGUCCAGAACCCUAAAGGCACCACCAGUAAGAUCAUGGUCUCCGUUUGGGCCUUCUUCGCUGUCAUCUUCCUGGCCAGCUACACAGCUAACCUGGCUGCCUUCAUGAUCCAGGAGGAGUAUGUGGACCAGGUGUCCGGCCUCAGCGACAAAAAGUUCCAGCGUCCAAAUGACUUCUCUCCCCCAUUCCGUUUUGGCACGGUUCCUAACGGCAGCACAGAGAGGAACAUUAGGAACAACUACAAAGAGAUGCACAGCUACAUGACCAGCUUCCACCAGAAGAACGUAGACGAGGCCCUCCAGAGCCUGAAGACUGGUAAACUGGACGCGUUUAUCUACGACGCUGCUGUGCUGAACUACAUGGCAGGCAGAGACGAGGGCUGUAAACUCGUAACCAUCGGUAGUGGUUAUAUCUUUGCUACCACGGGCUACGGCAUUGCAAUCCAGAAAGACUCAGGCUGGAAGAGACCAGUGGAUCUCGCCAUUCUGCAGUUGUUCGGAGACGGUGAGAUGGAGGAGCUGGAGGCUCUGUGGCUGACUGGGAUCUGUCACAACGAGAAGAACGAGGUGAUGAGCAGCCAGCUGGACGUGGACAACAUGGCCGGUGUCUUCUACAUGCUGGGGGCGGCCAUGGCGCUGUCGCUCAUCACCUUCAUAGCAGAGCACCUGUUCUAUUGGCAGCUACGCUUCUGCUUCAUGGGCGUGUGCUCGGGCAAGCCCGGCAUCACCUUCUCCAUUAGCAGGGGCAUCUACAGCUGCAUCCACGGUGUACAGAUCGAGGAGAACAAAUCAGGCCUCAACUCCCCAUCAGCCACCAUGAACAUGAACAUGAACAACACACACUCCAACAUCCUUCGCCUGCUGCGCACUGCCAAAAACAUGACCUCCGUGCCUGGGGUCAAUGGCUCCCCCCACAGUGCCCUGGAUUAUGGCCACCGCGAGUCAGCCGUCUACGACAUCAGCGAGCAUCGGCGAAGCCUAGUAGGCCAUACUGACUGCAAGCCUCCGCCACCAUACUUGCCCGAAGACAAUAUGUUCAGUGACUACGUGAGUGAUGUGGAGAGGACUUUUGGGAACUUGCACCUGAAGGACAGUAACCUGUACCAGGAUCAUUACCUGCACCACCAUGGGGGCACGGGAUCCGGGCUGGCUCUGGGUAUGUCGGGUCCCUUGCCUAACCGACCUCGUAGCUUAGGAAGUGCCAGUUCAUUGGAGGGUGGGAUGUACGAUUGUGACAGCUUAGGGGGAGGGGUAGCGCCCAUCUUCACCACCCAGCCCCGCCAGUCACUGACACACAGGAACAGGGAAAAGUUUGACCUGAUUGCGGGCCACCCCACCCAGUCGAGCUUCAAGUCUGGCCUGCCCGAUCUGUACGGGAAGUUCUCCUUCAAGGGUGGGGCGUCCAGUUCAGGGUUUAUAGCGGGACAUGACAGGUACUGCGGGGGAGGUGGGGCGGGCUCGGGAGGGGACGAUGGGAAUAUCCGCUCGGACGUGUCGGAUAUUUCCACUCACACCGUGACCUAUGGCAAUCUUGAAGGCAAUGCCAAGAGGCGCAAGCAGUACUGGGACAGUCUGAAAAAGAGGCCUGCGUCUGCCAAGUCCCGUCGGGAGCAGGAUGAAAUUGAGCUGGGCUUCCGGAGACGCACGCAUCACACCAUCCAUCACCACCACCACCACCACCCAGUUUCGCAGGGACACCGUUCGGCUACCCCACCCGUCGAACGCAAAAGCCAGAGAGGGGGCAACUGCUCCUCAUACCUGUUCCGCGACAAAGAGAACUUGAGGGACUUCUACAAGGAAGGGGCAUCCCCAUGGGAACAUUUGGAUUUGAGUGAUGCUCCUGGAAUGGGUGGCGGAGGGGGUCUGGGUGGGGGUGGAUGUGGUGGCAUAGUCGGCAGCGGUGGUGGCGGGGGAGCGUGCACUAGUUUGGUUCCCGUGGACGAUUUCUUGAAAGGUAAAUCCAAGAAGACAGAGGUUAAGGGUGGAGUGGGAGGAGGAGGAGGAGGAUCUCCUGGGCAGCAGGGCCAUGCAUGCUGGGAAAAGAACAUUGGAGGGGUGGGAGGGUUAACUGGUGGGGACUGGGAAUGCCGUAACUGCCACAGUGGAGGAGGUGGAGGUGGCAAGCCAGUUUGCAUGCACGGGGGAGGAGGGGGCGGGGGCUAUGCGGCUGCAGGGGGUGUCGGGGGAUCCAGUGGAGGAGGAGGUGGGGGGAGCGGACAAGUUUCCAGCCGCCCAAGCUCAGCCACCUGCAAGCGGUGUGAUUCGUGCAAAAAGCCGGGCAACUUGUACGACAUCAGCGAGGACAACCACCUCCUCCUGGAUCAGAUAGGGGGCAAGUUCCUCCUGGAGGGUGGGAAGGGAGGUGGAGGGGCCCAGACCCAGGCGCAGAGGCGCAAGUUUGGCCCAGGCGGCAGGGUUCUGCGCAGGCAGCAUUCCUACGACACGUUCGUAGACCUGCAGAAAGAAGGGGCGGGCAGGAUGGGAGGCUCAGGAGGCUUUGGAGGCGGUGGAGCUUCCAUGCUCCCUCCGCCCCGGAGUGUGAGCCUGAAAGACAAAGAUCGCUACAUGGAAGGCGCAAGCCCCUAUGCCCAGAUGUUUGAGCGGUAUGCGGGAGGGGAACGGGAGCCUUCUUUUUUUGGUGCUGGGGACCGAGGGAAGGGCGGGGGCUCGUCGUUUAGCUUGUUCCGUGGGGGUGAAGGUGGGUUGCAUCGUCGUUCGAUAGGCGAGAGGGACAUGAGGGACAGAGAUAGAGGCAUGAUGGGAGGAGGAGGAGGAGGAGGAGGUAUGGGCGGUACCCGAGGGGUCGGGACUUACUCCUUGUCUAAAUCUCUCUACCCAGAUAAGGUGAACCAGAACCCAUUCAUCCCAACCUUCGGCGACGACCAGUGCCUAUUACAUGGCGCCAAAUCGUACUACAUCAAAAAGCAGCAGACACAGCCGCAGCAGCAACAGACGCAACAGCAGCAGCAGCAGCUCCUCAACAACAACCGGGCUGACUUCCGAGGCUCCAUGGGGGUGACUUCCUAUUUGCCAGUCUCUGCCUCUGCCGGGGUCAUGUCCAACGUGGGACCCCGGUUCCCCAAGGAGCUAUGCCUGGGCGGGCCCCUCGGCAACCACCACGGAGGGGCGGCGGGCAACAACAAGCUGCUGUCAGCAAGGGACGGGUUAGGGAUGGGGCAAGGACAGAGACCGUUCAAUGGCUCUAGUAACGGACAUGUAUACGAGAAGCUCUCCAGUAUUGAGUCUGAUGUCUGAAGUUCGACUGUGAGUGAGAGAGGGAAAAAGAGAGUGACAGAGAGAGGGAGAGAGAAACAUGGAAAGUUUAAGAAAGGAGGCAGCAGACGUUGAGACUGAUGAGGGAAUAAACCAACAGAAAGUGUCUGCAGUGUCUACUUAAUUUCUACGUUCAAAAGGAAGAGGAAAAAAAUGAGCAAGAGGAACUGACCGAUGCUUUAGGUGAGCAGACAGAGCACUGUAGGGGCCACGUGUAAAUAGAGAGAUGGGACCAACUCACUAGAGAGUGACGAACUCUGCGUAUCCCUCUCUUUUAUCCUCUCUUCUUUUUCUUAUCCCUUCUAUUUUUCUGCUCCUUACGCCAAAACGAAACGUCCGAUCCAGCUUAGGCACGGAGACCUGGUACAAUCAUGAAUGGAAUUCAGUUAUCGUCUUGAAACAACAGGGUAAAACUUACAAUAAUUGUAUUGAUAACGUUGUUAACAAUAAUAUUAUUAGAUAUUACAAUGUUUAUGAUGUUCAGUUUGGGCUUGAUUUCUGGAUGUUAUAUGCUGUUAUAUAUUUGUACUCUAGUUACAAUUCUUUGUUAGCACAAUACUUUGCAGGAGGCUUCUUAUUUGAUCAUGGGAUCUUAUUUGAUCUUAUUUGUCAAUUGAGCUUGCAUUGUCUUACGUCAUCGCGCCAUUCUGCCGUGAUGUGGAACACCAGGACCGCUGUGCAGAAUGCGCCCUCUGCCAGGGACGAUGCCAAGCUAGAAGAAAUGUAGACAAACUUGCUUUCCUUUAAGAUUAUUUACUAUUAAUUAUUCAUGUUAAUUUUAUUUCUGAUAUGGAGUGCUGUAAAAUGUAUGUAAAAGGCAUGAUGCACAGUACGUCAGCUGUACUCGAGAUAUUGUUGUGAAGGACAUUUAUUAUGAUCUCUUUUUAUGGUUUUACAACUUUUACAACAUUGCAUUAAUGUCAGUAGAACAUUGGUUUAGUUCACAGCACAUUAUGUGCCUUACCAGGAGUCCCAGAAUUCUAAUUAUACAGGUCAUAUUGCCAUGGCAACUUUCUGGUCACUGCACACUGAUUGGUUAUUGGAUGAUUCAUGUAUUAUUCUGGAAUUAUCCUUAUUGUGAAGUAAGCACCUGAUCUUGAAUAUACAGUGAGCAGUGCAUUCUAGAGACAUAAACCUGAGUGUGGUUCAUUAGUCUGAGAACCUGGUUCUAAAGAAGGAGCUAAUGAAGUUUAAACCCGACAAAAACAGUACAGAAGGACCUGCACGUCCAUGCCCAGCACAUGGGUUGUCAUAUACAGAGUUGAGCUUCAGCGCUUUAAGUUCAAAUGCUUGAAAAACAAAAAAACAAUUGAUUCAUUAUUUUUCCUCUCUGUAUCCCCAAUCUCUUCAGUACUAAAGUCUUUGAUCAAGCAGCAAAUUAAAACCAAUGUCACGGUUUUGUUUCCUC